GCGAGCGAAGUGAGGGAGUGUUAAACCAGUCAAAACAGUCGAUUGGGUAGGGACGGUACAAACCGUGAGAAUCUGGAGACUGCACUGGUAUAUAUAACCAAAGUACAUAAUUAGGCAGAGAAGCGUGGAAAAGUAAAAUAAACGUAUGUGAGAUACCUUAACGACAGAUAACAGCCUAAAACAUGAGGAAGCGAAAGGGAAGGAAGGGGAAAAAGAAGAAAAAGGCAAAGGACCCGGGCCCGAGCCCAGAGGAAAUAGCGCAGCUAGAAAGCGAGCUCCAGUCUAGCGUGGCAGCGGUAAGCGAGGAAAUAGGGGGACUGAAAAACAACAUAGAGGAGCUGAAGGAGGAAAAUCUCAAACUCCAAGAGGAAACGUCAACUCUGAAAGAGGGCACUGAGGCCUACGUCAGCGAGAUGCGCGCGCGCUCCGAGCGGCGCCAGGCGAUCCUGCAGGGCAUCCAGCUGCUCAAGCAGAAGCAGAUGACGUCCCUGCAGCAGCAGCGCACCGAUAGCAAGUCCAACUAUCAGAAGAGGCGGGUGGCGCUGCUGCAGGACAUCACCAAACGGACGACGGAGCUGGCGCUGGCCCAAAAGCAGCUGCAGGACCUGGACCCCGUCCGAAAAUUACAACAGGAGCAAAAUACAAAGAUAACCUACCUCGAGACCAAGUUGGAGGAAGAAAAGGAUGUUUAUGACAGCCAAGUGCUGGAAAUGAAGCGCCAGCUUAUUAGGCUCAAAUACUCUCUGCAGGACGAGCUGCAGCACGAGCUGGAUGACGUCAAAGAGCACGCCAGCUCGGUGGCGAAGCGCUGCCUCGGGAACUACGUGGUCCGCGUGCGCGAGGAAAACGGCAUGCUGCGGCUGCAGAUGAAGGAGCUCAUUGACGAGAACAAGCUGCUGGAAGCCGAGUUCCAGCGGCAAAGCCACAUCAGGAACGAGCAGCUCAGGGAGCGCGCCUACAGAAGCGACAUCAUCAGGCGACUCGAACAGAAACUCUGGCAAUGCUGAGCCUGUGCGCUACGGUCCGCUCAGUACAGGCGCCGGAUUUGCACGAAUGACGCAAAACAAUACAUUUUGUGUUCUAAAAAGCACCAAGAGUUUGCACAACCCAAACUGAGGCCCCCCAUUGGUGACACCAGUACACAUUGUGGCAUAUUAGUUAGUUGUGAAUCAGGUGAUGCUCACUGGCAAAAUGUCUGCAAAUUCAUUGGUGCAGAACUACCUUAUAAUGAUACAGCCAUAGGUAAUUAUAAGACUACAUGAAGUUCAAAC